AUGUAUUUGUCUCCAUCUAUCUAUCUAUCUAUCUAUCUGAAUGUAUUUGUCUCUAUCUAUCUAUCUGAAUGUAUUUGUUUCUAUCUAUCUAUCCGAAUUGUUUUCUCUAUCUAUCUAUCUAUCUAUCUGAAUGUAUCUAUCUAUCUAUCUGAAUGUAUUUUCUAUCUAUCUAUCUCAUCUAUCUAUCUAUCUGAAUAUUUUUCCUAUCUAUCUAUCUAUCUAUCUGAAUCUAUCUAUCUAUCUAUCUAUCUGAGUGUUUUCCUAUUCAUCUAUCUGAGUGUUUUCCUAUCCAUCCAUCUAUCUAUUCAUCUGAGUGUUUUCCCAUCCAUUCAUCUAUCUGAGUGUUUUCCCAUCAUCUAUCUGAGUGUUUUCCAUCUAUCUAUCUAUCUAUCUGAGUGUUUUCCAUUCAUUUAUCUAUCAUCAUCUAUCUAUCUGAGUGUUUUCCUAUCCAUCUAUCUGAGUGUUUUUCCCAUCUAUCUAUCUAUCCAUCUAUCUGAGUGUUUUCCAUCUAUCUAUCUGAUUGUUUUCCCAUAUCCAUCCAUCUAUCUAUCUAUCUAUCUAUCUAUCUAUCUAUCUGAUCUAUCUAUCUAUCAUCUGAGUGUUUUUCCAUCUAUCUAUCUAUUCAUCUAUUCAUCUAUCUAUCUAUCUGAGUGUUUUCCUAUCUAUCUAUCUAUCUAUCUAUCUAUCUAUCUGAUGUUUUCCUAUCUAUCUAUCUAUCUAUCUGAGUGUUUUCCUAUCUAUCUAUCUAUCUAUCUAUCUAUCUAUCUAUCUAACGUGCUAUGA